AUUUUCUCGCGCUGUGUCCCGGGCCGGGAGGAGGGUGGCGGUUGUGCGCAUGCGCGCGAGCAGCGGUCUUCUCCUCUUUAUUAUUGUUAUUAAUGAUGGCGGAAUAAACGCACGCGCACACAGCAGACUGUACAGCUCUCAGGUGACUGUAUCCCCAUGGGGAGUGUGUGUGUGUGCACGCAGCAUGUCGGUGUCGAGCAGUGACGCGUGUCUCAGCAUUGUGCACAGUCUGAUGUGCCACCGGCAGGGUGGUGAGAGUGAGAGCUUCAGUAAAAGAGCCAUCGAGAGUCUGGUGAAGAAACUGAAGGAGAAGAAAGAUGAACUCGACUCUCUGAUCACCGCCGUCACCACCAAUGGAGCUCAUCCCAGCAAGUGUGUUACUAUACAGCGCACCCUUGACGGGAGACUACAGGUUGCUGGCCGUAAGGGCUUUCCCCAUGUGAUCUAUGCGCGGUUAUGGCGGUGGCCUGAUCUCCAUAAGAACGAGCUGAAACAUGUGAAAUACUGCCAGUACGCCUUUGACCUGAAGUGUGACAGUGUGUGUGUAAACCCCUACCACUACGAGAGGGUGGCAUCACCUGGUAUCGAUCUGUCUGGACUGAAUCUGGGUGGAACAGGGCCCAGUGCAGGUCUCUUGGUAAAGGAGGAAUUUGACCCUCAACCGUCUCACUCCAGCUCUGAUGUAUCACACAGUAUUCAGACCAUCCAGCAUCAGCCUGCCCCCUCUCAACCAGCUCCACCCACUUCCACACGCCCCCCACUCCCUGAGACUUUCAGCAGCCCUGCACUUAUGCCACCGCCCGAGGCAGGAAGCUCUGCCCCCAGUCCUGCUUUCUCCAGCAUGGCUCCUACCCCGGCCUCAGGUGGUGGCUCCUGGCCGAGAGGGAGUGGCUUUCCAACAAACCUGACCAAUCCAAGCGGGGCUUUGCAGCACCACCCACCUCAGUACUGGCCUGUACAUAAUGAACUGAUCUUCCAGCCCCCGAUAUCUACACAUCCAGCUCCAGAUUACUGGUGUUCUAUAGCGUAUUUUGAGAUGGAUGUUCAGGUGGGCGAGACUUUUAAGGUGCCGUCUUCAUGUCCGGUGGUGACAGUGGAUGGUUAUGUGGAUCCAUCAGGAGGAGAUCGGUUCUGCCUGGGCCAGCUCAGCAACGUUCACCGCACAGAGGCCAUCGAGAGAGCCAGGUUGCACAUUGGUAAAGGGGUACAGUUGGAGUGUAAGGGUGAGGGUGAUGUUUGGGUACGAUGCCUUAGUGACCACGCCGUGUUUGUCCAGAGUUAUUAUCUUGAUCGGGAAGCUGGGCGUGCACCAGGUGACGCUGUCCACAAAAUUUACCCCAGUGCUUACAUCAAGGUGUUUGACCUGAGGCAGUGCCACCGGCAGAUGCAGCAGCAGGCAGCAACGGCUCAGGCAGCAGCAGCGGCUCAGGCUGCAGCAGUCGCAGGAAACAUACCAGGACCCGGAUCAGUAGGAGGGAUAGCACCAGCUAUCAGUCUAUCUGCGGCAGCAGGUAUCGGGGUGGAUGAUCUGCGACGUUUGUGUAUUCUGCGCAUGAGUUUUGUGAAAGGUUGGGGUCCUGAUUAUCCUCGUCAGAGCAUCAAAGAGACCCCAUGUUGGAUUGAGAUUCACCUACACAGAGCGCUGCAGCUGCUGGACGAGGUUCUACACACCAUGCCUAUAGCUGAUCCUCAACCACUUGACUGACCUGACCUCUGAGUGUUCCUCACCCCAAACACUCAACUCGCCGAACACCCAAGUCAUCUGGCUGACCUCUGACCCCUCACUCAAAUGACCUUCAGAACCCUGAAUGAACUUUGACUUCUAUCGGCUCUCCUCAAUGCUGGAUGGAACGAGGCUCAUGUCUGUCUCUCGGCCCUGUGUAACUCCAUAUUUAAGAUGGUGAGCACUGCAGCGGAGAGACUCCUCAGCACAGAGUGUGUAAAUAAACACGAAGGUGUUAAAGUGUGUGUGAGGUAGAUGUUAUUGUAGCUCAGUCGGGUGUGUAUGAGGAGCGGUGAUUAACAUGCCCUCGUUACUGUAUGAUUACACCUAAUAACAGAUUGAAACUAUUAACCUUUAUGUUAGCACUCGUACACACACUGAGCUCAUCUCACACACAUCACUGUGAUGACAACGACAGCACAAGAACCACAGGAACCUCAUCAGAACCACUGAGGAAGAGCACGGUUCUACUGGAACACUACUAGAACUUGAAGGAACUCUCCAAACACACACUUCAGGAGGUGUGCAUCACACAAGCUGUACUGAGUCCGGACGAGGCUGUGGCAACGUCACGUAUCCAACACGAUGUAAACAUCGCAGGAAACACAAUCACAGUAAUAAUCUGCAUUUAGAAGUUUGAUGCAGCAGAAAACCAUGUUAGAGUCACGACUUUGUAAUGGAGUCACAAUAAACACCAUCCAGUGUU